GGACCGGCCGUCACCCCCCCCGUCCUCCCUCCUACCCACACAGAGCUGAUUGGUCGCCGGGAUGCAGCCGGGACAAAAACGGCGUUGUCCUGGUGACCCGGCCUCAGUGCGCCACAGCCCGCUAUAAAACCGUGCGCUCUCACGCAGCCGUGCCAAAUGGGCUGUCAGAUGCGAUUUGGAGUAACAAGUGGAUCUGACGUUUAGGUUUUCACCUCAUCGCGCUUGGAAACACUCGAAUCCCUGCUAGACCUGGAUCAUGGACUCGGAUACGAGCCGCGUGUCGAGCAGACCAUCUUCUCCAGAGGUGGAAGACAUUUUCUUGUCCACCCUGAAAAAGUCUGUGCACGGCUUCUCCGGCGCCGUGUCCUCCACACAGAGCGACUCUCCAUCAGAGAUCCCCAGCCUGCGCGGCCUCUCCGCCGCUGACGAGGACGCCCUCGCCCUCCGGGUGGCGUCCAAGAAAGACCGUAAACUCCUGUCGGAGAGCGAACUGCAGUCGAUCCGCCUCAAGAUCAACAGUCGCGAGAGGAAAAGGAUGCACGACCUCAACGUGGCCAUGGACGGACUCCGGGAGGUCAUGCCCUACGCGCACGGACCGUCGGUGCGCAAACUCUCCAAAAUCGCCACCCUGCUGCUGGCUAGAAACUACAUCCUGAUGCUGAGCAACUCGCUGGAGGAGAUGAAGCGGCUGGUCAGCGAAAUCUACGGCAGCAGCGGACACCACGGCGGCUUUCACCCGUCAGCUUGUGGGACAAUGACACACGCGGGGCCCGUGCCAGGACAUCCGGGGGAUUCCCACACCUCACACCCGGCAGUGCACCACCCGCUUACACCCCGCACCGCCUCCUUGUCCGCUCCCGGUAUCUCCGCCGUCACCUCGGUCAGACCGCAUCACGGACUCCUCAAAGCGCCCGCCGCCGGUGCAGGGCCGCUGGGCAGUAGUUUCCAGCACUGGGGCGUUGGCACCGGGAUGCCUUGUCCAUGCAGCAUGUGCCAAGUCCCGCCUCCGCAUGUGUCCAGCAUGAGCACCGUCACCUUGCCCAGGCUGGCCAGCGACUCCAAGUGACUGCAGACUCGAUGGAGACGAACUUUUGAGACUGUUACAGACUCUGUCUCACAUGACGCUUUCUUUUAAUUUAAUCUCUGUUGCUGAAUCCGUUACGUCCACGGAGCCAGUAAAGACUAGUGCAUUGAUUUUCCUUAAUGGGACUUUGGGGUUUUGCAUCUAACUCGUUUAAUGGUAAUUAACCUGACUUGUAACACGUGUCUCUUGGCGGAGCUCCUAAAGCACAACGGAACUUCACUUUAUUAUGGAAAUCUUUGAUGAGCCGGGCAUCUGUGUGUCUCUGCAGUUAUUUAAAGAUAAAGUUGAAUCACUGGUGAUUUGCUUUUCUGUUCUGUGGUCCUACAGGAGGCAAAGUCCCAACGUGGAUCAAACCAUAGGGUGUAAAUAUGUAGAAGGAUGAUUGUGUUUAAUAGUCGGAGAUAUUCUAUAUUAGAGGCUUGUUGAUGUGGGAACAUCCCCACUCCCUCUGCACCUUUUUGUUCUGUUUUAUUUGAUGCUUCUCUCCCGUUUCCUCCCCACUACACUCUCAUCCACUGCCCAGCGCAAACAUUAACCACUUCUUUAUUUUUUUAAUUAAAAAUGAAAAUGAUAUUUAUUUACUUAUUUUGGACAGGAACUUCAGAUCAGUCUCUGAGUAUGUUGGGCUUUGAAAUGUAAAAUAAAGGUGAUGACUU